AGGUCUCCUCGCUCGCUUCGUGCAAUCGUGUGCGUCACUGGAGACGGCGCGCAGAUGAAUGUACUGCACCAGAUGGCUACAAGCAAGCCAGACGGCCAAACGCAUGCUGUCCACGAACUGUGUGGUCAUGAAGGAGCCCGUUUGGGCCACAGACCCGUAUCUGGCCAUGCUCAGCUCGCCGCUCAGAAGAUGCAAGAUCAGCUUGCGCAUCAUGCCUAGAGACAUGCUCAUCUCUCUGUCCGUCGCCAAGGCGCCUGACUCCUUGGCGUCGACCAGCCCCAUCGACAACAGGCCACCCAAGCUCCAUAUCGUACCCAAUAAGCUAGGCCAUCCGUACUAUGACCCAGGACACCUGGGACCGAGCAGCUACAUCCUCUGCUCGCGCCCAUUCCUCAACGCAGUCCUGGCUCGUCCACUUGCAGCACAAGAGGCAAAACGACUGUCGUACGGCGCCGAAUUGACGAGCACGCUGCCGCUCAGGCUGACCCACGAGCUGCGUGUGCGUGUCGAACAAGAGCUCACUCAGCUUUGGCGACGACACCGCGCUUCACCUCACAAGGCAACACAGCGGCCGGCAUGGCUACUACGUCGACUGUCGCAGGCUGAAGCCGGUCACAUCGCAACCAGGCUCCCGCAGGAAUCGCCAGACGACAUGGCCGCUCUGAUCUCGCUGGACUCGUCCGAUCUGCGGACCCAUUUUGGCGCACACAUGGAUGCCGAUGCUUACUCGAGCUUGCGGCCCACGCGUGCUGCCACAGAGCUACCUAGAAGGCGCCUGCCCAUUUAUGACCUUGGUGGCCUCUUCACCGAGCGUUUUGCAGGUUCACCCGGCGCGGACGUGUUCAAUUCAGAGGCUCAGUCGGUACAACGCACGAUCUCACGGCGACUUGCAGCGAUCGAAGAAGGGCUGAUCAGUCGCAAUGUUUUGUCUCGCAAGCCGAGCCAUAGGCUGACCUCGGUCUACGCAUUAGCAAGCCACCAGACAGAGCUAGUGCCGCUUCUUGUUGCACUCUGGCGAUGCAGACUCUGGGAAGGCGAGGGAUGGCAGAGCGGCGACGGGUUCGGUAUCGAGAAAGCACGCUUCGAUCUGGUUGUACCGGCAAGCAACAGCUAAGGGCUGCAGAGUACAAUGCAAUGGUGCUAUGCCGCAAUCUCCAUGCUCUUUCCUGCCUGCUCGUUCGCCCAUAACGCUGGGCCGAACAGUGGUAGCUCAUUGCCAGGCACAAACAGACGCUCGACGCCAGAUUCUUCGAUGAUGGCCAUUCUGAUCGUGCCUCCUGAGGAACCAUCCCUUGACAUGGCCAAUGCGAGCGCUGCGAUUCGCUGCUUGAGCUCGCGCUACCCUAGACGAUCA